UCCAUGUGAACCAACCAUGCCUCCUCUGCCAACCCCGAGUCAGAAAUUAAUAAAUUUGGGUGUUGGAGCUCAACAAUUAUGAAAGGGCCCUCAUAUUUAUCUCCAAACUUCUUAAUAUUUUCCAUUUUCUUCACCAAAACCUUCUCUCCCUUCUCCCAUUUUUUCUUAUUAAUUUUAACUUGUUGCUUUCUCAUAAUAUUCAUAUUUCCCUGUAACCGGCAUUUGACUUCUGAUCUUACGAGUUCCAAAUUUUCUACAAGCUUUUUCACAUAUAAAUUCAUAUCAUUAAAUUUUUCUUUUUCAAUCCCAAGAGCAGCUUCCGUGGGUAGUUUAGGGGCGAAUCCAUGA